UUUUUUUAACAAAUAUAUUUUUAUUUUCUCACCUUGACAAAAUUCCAUUUUGCAAAAUGGGCGUUCCGGGACUUUUGCGAUGGCUGCACCAGCAUUUCCCCACCGCGUGCCGCAUAAGCAACCUCAACAGCACGCUCCACCAGGGUGGACGUCAAAGCAAUGGCGACUUCAACACGAUCGUAGCAGCGAUAGAGCAAAUCGUACACAAAAUCCGACCCCAAAAUCUCUUGUUCCUAGCUAUCGACGGCGAACGACUGCAACGCGAAAGACGCUCUCGGCUGGCCACCUCAAGAACAACCUCAAAGGCGGCGUUCAACGCAUACACGAUAACACCCGGAACACCAUGGAUGCGAAUGUUUGAGAUUCACUUGGUCCGAUUUAUUGAGGAAAAGCUUAGGUUUGAUCCGGAAUGGCGAGGCCUGAAUGUUGUGUUUUCAGGAUGCCAGGAUCCUGGGGAGGGCGAGCAGAAGAUUAUGGAAUAUCUGAGAGCCAAAGGAAAUGGCGAACGGCACUGUGUGUGCGAGCGGCAGAGUGGAGAGAAUUGCUCGUACACCUUGGUGGAGAUCGACGAUCUGGCAGAGCGGAUUUCCAAGAGGUACUCUCCCUCAGAUGACGAGGAUACAGAUAAGAGCGACGAGGGAAUUGAUCGCAACAACAAGGGCAUUGAUCACAAUGUGCGGCGGAGAGACCGACUCAUCGAUGAUCUUGUCUUCAUGACAUUUUUUGCUGGCAACGAUUUCCUACCCCCGGGCCCAUUCAUCAAGGUGGCCUCGGACGCCCUUUGUAUCCACGAUCUUUGGAUGCUCUACGCGCGGCUGCCUGCCAAAUAUCAUCGGAAUCUACAUGAUCGCGGGGAGCUUUUGGCCCUGCUUAGCGCCGAUGGCGAGGAUCGCGCGUUCCGCAAUCAUGUUGGUGCCACCGCGCUGGAUCGCAAAUCACUGCCUCCCGCCUGCGGCGCAUGGAAUGGAAUACUCAGCGCACAGACCUUGAGCGCACCCCGCCGCGGUCAAACAGCAGAGGCGGAACGCCAAGCGAAAGAAAGACAAUGGCCGGUUGAUCCCUUACGUAUGGACCGGCGACAUGGAAAUCUGUCUGAACUGGAUCUCGCCAGCGACUUGGCGUGGACACUUGGAACUCAGCCCUUGGGUCCUGAUGCGGAUGUUGAAUACAAUUCCCCUAAUCUGCCCAGCCUGGUGUCGUCUGCCUUGGCCAUGGCUGCGCUGGUCAACGCCAAUAUUGUCGGAUCGAUUGCAGCACAGGCUGCGAUGAUCGAGGUUGAUAGGGGCCUGGGCAAUAGCAGAAUAAAAUGGCUGCAGUCAUUUGCCCGGUCUCUCCAUCUCGAGUGCGAAGUGCGCGGGUUGUCGGAUCCACUCUACCAAGCGGAAUGCAAUCGCUGGAAAAAGCGGCGGACGCACAGCCGAGCGGAUGCCGUUGAAAAAAAUAGCGCGCCGGCAAUAGCUAUCGUGCUCGGUGACUUCAAGCUAUGCCCGCCGACGCACAUAAUCACGGUCACGGCCAAAUUCCCCACGGUCCAAACAUAUAACGAGCCAAUAGCGCUGGUCAGCGACUCCGCCUGGGACACGCUGCUGAUUGAUGGCCGGACCGAGCACCGACGCAGUCAGGAGCUGUUUGCCUGGAAGUCCAUGUUCUACCGCCAGCACUAUCCAAAGAUGAACCCGGCUAAUUUCAUAUACUGCCUCUGCAAACACUACGCUGAGGCCUGGGAUGGACGGCGCUUCAGCAGCUGGGAGUUCUCCUGGCCAAACGAGAUUGAGUCGUCGUUUAGUGGUGUGGCGCCGCUGGAGUCUGAUUUGCUAGUGUUUUUGGACGUCAACAGCCACAGUGAUCGGUGGGACUGCGUGCCGGUGUCUGAGGCGAAUCCGCCGUUGCUGAGAGAGCACCUGCUGUGUGUGAUGCCCAAGGACUCGUGGCAGUGAUGAGCGAGAAGGAGCGGGAGAUGGCGCAGAUGCUCAGCCAAAAUCAGUAUUCGGAUGUGGCGCGCAUGCAGGUGCGCAAUUUGCUUGUUGGGAGGGACCGCGGCGAUGCUCCACUGGUGUACUUUUGGUACUUGUAAAAAUAAAAUUUUCAUUAGUAAAUUUUAUUGGUAAAUUU